CAAUUGCUUGAUCGGCGUUUGCUUUGCAUUUUCAUUAUUUUCGUAAUUUACGGUACUUAAUAUACUUACAGUACACGUUUGAAAGUUAAAACAGCGUUGAAAUUAUCACAAAUAGAAGUGUUACAUUCGUAACCAGGUAACAUAACCUAGAAAACCAAGCCGUGUCAAAAUGGGUGAAAGAUACAAUAUCCACAGUCAACUCGAGCAUCUUCAAAGCAAAUACAUCGGUACCGGACACGCUGACACCACGAAGUACGAAUGGUUAACGAACCAGCACCGAGAUUCGUGCUGCAGUUACAUGGGGCAUCCAGAUUUGCUGAGUUACUUCGCUAUUGUGGAAAACGAGUCUAAGGCUCGCGUGAAGUUCAAUUUGAUGGAGAAGAUGUUGCAGCCGUGUGGGCCGCCACCAGAAAAGCCUGAAGAUUAAUUCUAAGUGUGUACUGAGCUAUUCUUUUAAAUCUGUUCAGAUACUUGGUUUAGAAUAAUUCUUUUAGUAAUAAUGUUUAGCAUAAAAAACCUUUUCAGUGCUGUCAUCAUACCAUCAUAGCCAUGUUUGAAAUAAUCCACUAUGCAUUGAAAAUAGGUAGUUAGCUCUAAAACUAAAUGUAGCUAGGAAUUAUAUACUAUGUCUAUUUGCGAGCAAGUUUAGGGUGCACUGUAUUGGGUUCUUCAAAAAAGGAGUACAAGUUUCCAAUGGGUCGGCAACGCGCAUGUGACACCCCUUGAGUUGCAGGCGUCCAUAGGUUAUGGUGAAUGCUUUCCAUCAGGUGGGCCGUAUACCUGUAUGCCACUGACAUGGUAUAAAAAAAAAGUUUGUUGGUUUAUACAUGUAAAGACAUACUGUGUCAGUUUGUUCAUAUGAAGAUACAAGCAAAUCUCGUCUAAUUAUGUUAAGCGACAAAGUAGGACGUUUUACUAAACACUAUCACAUUUCACAUCUAUUCUAUAAUAUUGUCAUUGUCACACGCAAAUUAGUAAUUUUAUCUCAACAAUGUGAAAAUUUACUGAUGUAGGCAACUUACAUGGAAAUAAUUAACAGUUCUGAAGAAACAGCUCUUAAUUAAACCUUAUCAUAAGUAUUAAUAAGGAUAUUUGUAAUAAAACAAAGUCUAAACUUCA